GAAAAAUCAAACUUGACAUGGCAUUUUACCUUCGCAUUUCCAUGGAGUUAUUAACAUGGGCUUCCUUAUUUUUCUGCUCUACAAUUUGUAUUGGCACUGGCAACACAUUUGUGCCCGGGGCAACACCGGAGGCACUAGCUCUGUGGAAGAGUGGGUGGUGGAAUGCCGCCAUCAACAACGUUGCAGACCAUUGUAGCUGGCCUGGUAUAACAUGCAACGGUGCUGGGAGCAUUACCGAGAUUAGUCCACUUGAUUUUAGUGUGGGAGAGAAGUUCGGAAAAAUGGACUUCUCUUCCUUCCCCAAUCUUGUUCGCCUUAAUCUUAGCCAUCAAGGACUCUAUGGGAGCAUCCCACCUCAAAUUGGUGAUCUUACAAGACUCGAGCACCUUAAUCUGUCCAACAACCAUCUAACAGGUACAUUGCCCUCUUCACUUGGAAAUCUCACUCAAUUACGGAUGCUUGACGUAUCUUUCAAUUAUAUAAACUCCAUCUCCCCAAAAUUUAGGGAUUUGAAGAAUCUUGUUUCUUUGAACUUGACUCGGAACAACCUCGAUGCAUCCAUUGCUCCAAUUAUAGGCCUUGCCACCAAUCUUUCCCACUUGGAGUUGGCCUCAAAUACUUUUAAUUGUAGGAUCCCUCCAGAAAUAUGGAACUUGAAGAGUCUUGUAGCCUUAGACAUGAGUUAUUGCUCCCUCAAUGGUCCAAUCUCUUCCAACAUCAGUCAUUUAACCAGUCUGGUUUCUUUGUCUCUUGCAAACAAUCAAAUCAAUGGAUCCAUACCUUCAGAAAUAUGGAACUUGAAGAGUCUUGUAGCCUUAGACAUGAGCGACUGUUCCCUCACUGGUCCAAUCUCUUCCAAUAUCAGUCAUUUAACCAAUCUGGUUUCUUUGUCUCUUGCAAACAAUCAAAUCUAUGGAUCCAUACCUUCAGAAAUAUGGAACUUGAAGAGUCUUGUAGCCUUAGACAUGAGCGAUUGUUCCCUCAAUGGUCCAAUCUCUUCCAACAUCAGUCAUUUAACCAAUCUGGUUUCUUUGUCUCUUGCAAACAAUCAAAUCAAUGGAUCCAUACCUUCAGAAAUAGGAAAUUUAAAGAACUUGGUUUCUCUGGAUCUAUCUGAAAACUUGUUUGUGGGUCUAAUACCAUCCCGUCUUGGACAAUUAACCAGUUUGACAUUUCUAAAUCUCAGUUUCAAUUCAUUUAUUGGCUCCAUCCCUCCAGAAUUUGGGGAAUUGACGAAUCUCACUGAUCUCCGCAUCAGUGACAGCGCACUUUUUGGUCAGCUCCCUCCAACUUUGGGUCACUUGACGAAUCUCAUUGAUCUGCACCUUGAAACAAAUUAUUUUUAUGGCUCCAUCCCAUCAAACAUAGGAAAUCUAAGUAAUUUGGAACUUCUGAAUCUUGAUUCAAAUCUUUUAGAAGGUUCAAUACCCAAAGAGAUUGGACAUUUGAAAUCUUUGCAGUAUUUGGACCUUUCCCGAAACAAAUUGUGUGGACACUUCCCAACACAGCUUGAGAAUUGCUCCCUUUUAGAAGAACUGUAUUUGAGCCACAAUUCCAUGGGUGGAGACCUCCCAUCUGAAAUAGGAAAUAUGAAGAAUCUAUUUAUUUUAGAUCUCAGUGCUAACAAUUUCACUGGUCCCAUUCCUUCCACUCUAAGGUUGCAUUUGAAGACAUUAUUGCAGCAACUGAAGAUUUCGACGUUCGGUAUUGCAUUGGUACUGGUGGCUAUGGUAGUGUUUACAAGGCACAAUUGCCAAAUGGCAAAGUAGUUGCCUUAAAAAAACUUCAUCGAAGGGAAUCAGAGGUACCCACUUUUGACAGGAGUUUUAGGAAUGAAGCUA